AUGUCGAGUGAAGCUGGCGUCGACGCAGCCAGCGGCUCAGCAGGCGACCUUUCGCCAUUGAUCAUCGACAUGGACAUCUUCUCGCAAUUGCUCGAGAUGGACGACGAGGACGACCGCGAAUUCUCCAAGAGCAUCGUGUGGAACUACUUUGACCAAGCCAUCACCACUUUCAAAGAGAUGGACGUGGCGCUAGACACAAAAAAUCUUACGGAGCUGUCGACGCUCGGUCACUUUCUCAAAGGCUCCUCCGCAGCCGUGGGCGUAAUCAAGGUGCGCGAUAGCUGCGAGCACAUGCAGCACUAUGGCAAGUGCCAUGGCGAGGAUGGUAUCAGCGAUUUGACUGAAGAUGAGGCGCUCAAGAAGCUCACUGCAACGCUUAGGGAUGUUAAGGUACAGUACAGGGAGGCGGCUAAGGCGUUGAAGGCGUUUUACGACGAGCAGGAUGCGGAGGAGGCUAACGAAGCCAACGACGACGACGACGACGACGAGGAACAGCAGCAAGACGUACCAAAACAUGACGCAGAGUCAAAUGAUCCUGACGUCGCACCGCCCGCUUAA